AUGGCCACUUCUAUUGCUUCGCCAGUGGUGUCCACAACUGGCAAGACGCGGCUGCAGGCCUCACUAGAGCGUGCGACCGCGCGGCAAGGGCCGUCCAUUGGACAGUGGCUUGAAUUUCCGGGCUACUCAUUAGCACGCACCGUAGCACCUUUAGGGGCAGAUUGGGUAUUGAUUGACUGUGAGCAUGGGGACAUCGAUGACAAGGCCAUGUACCUGCAGGUCGGAGCGGUCUCCUCAGCUGGGGUGUCGCCCAUCGUGCGCAUUCCCGCCUCGGAGCCCUGGAUGAUGAAGCGCGCCCUGGACUGCGGCGCCCACGCAAUAAUGGUGCCUAUGUGUGAGACCAAGGUCCGUCAAAUGCCCGAACAAGCCGAGGCUAUUGUACGAGGGUGCAAAUACCCCUCUUCGCAGUGGCCCCAGGGGUUGCGGGGUGCAGGUGCCAUGUUUGCUCCGGCUGCCUUCAAUCAGAGCAGCCGAGAGUACCUGACUCACGCCCACGACAACGUGCUGAUUAUCGUGCAGAUUGAAUCGCGGAUGGCAGUCGAGAAUUGUGCUGCCAUUGCAGCAGUUCCAGGCAUCGACAUGCUCUUCGUCGGGCCCAAUGACCUGGCCUCAUCCCUGGGGUAUUUUGCCUUGGACCACGCCCAGAUUCCUGAGGUCCAGGAGGCCACAGAUCGCGUUCUGCAAGCCGCCAAAGGUGCGGGAAAAUAUGCUGGUCACUUUGCCCUUUCGGCAGAUGUGGCCGCGGCCAAAUAUCAGCAGGGCUUUGAUUUUGUCAACUCUGGAGCGGACAUUGUCGCCUUGACUUCCUGGAUGUCAGCAGAACUGACCAGGUUGCGCCGACUUACAGAAAUUAGCGCUGCAAAACCGAGUACUCAGUAA